GCCUUUUGCUCUUCGUAUUGGAAGAACGUCAUAUUUCCCACCAUCAGAUACCCGAUAACUAGUUAGUUAGUCCAUGCCGAAAUCCCGCGCUCUUUUCUCCGUCUUACACUUGAUCUCUAUGACAACUGGUGUGAAUCUAAUUUUUAUAAGAACAGUUUGUACAGUAAUUCCAUAAGACACACUUGUAUCGUCGGGUUGGGGUUUCGACGGAGACUGCACGCUGUCGCUUCAACUACAUCAACAACAACCACCAUUUCCGCUAUCAUUUCAUCAAGAAGGGAACAAGUGCCUGCUAUGUCUGUAACCAUCCAUUUGGACAGGCCACAUGCUCAUUUCACCAAUCUUGACUUCCUGACGGGUAGAGUUGUGCUACAUCUCCCCUCAGAAGCUCCGAUAGGAGGCAUUCAAGUGAAACUUGAGGGAGAAAGCAGAACUCGACUUUCAGGCCCACGGCAUCCACAUAAUGAACAGUCGGAUAAGAAACGGACGGAGCUUGAAGUUCAUAAGAUCUUGUACAAGGUUGAAACACUCUUCCCGACUCCGGCUGUUUUCAACCAGAAAACUCAGAAUACAUCGUACACGUUCGCUGCUGGGACGUACGAGUAUCCCUUCAGAUUCAAAUUCCCUUUCAACAAUUCAUGCAGUUCACACAACAGUAUGCUCACCAACUUGAACUUUACCGGGUUGAAGGUUGAGGUGGCCAAGGAUACGAAUCGACACAUUAAGAAGACCUUGCCUCCUUCUUUGAGUGGUUUUCCAGGCAUGGCAGAGAUCAAAUAUUAUGUGAAAGCAACAGUCAUUCGUCCACAGUUCUACAAGGAGAAUCUGAGAGCCAUCACACCGUUGAAUUUCCUCCCAAUCGAGCCUCCACGAACUGGAAGGCCUAAUGAAGAGACGUACGCUAGACGUCAACAUCAAUUCAGCAAAGCUCCUGAAAAAAUCAGAACCAAGAGUCUAUUCUCCAAAGCCUCCUCCUCAUCGCUCCGGGAUGUGGGAGGAGAGCCUCUCCGUGUCUCUGCAGACGCAAGGCUGCCGAACCCGUCCAUUCUUACUUGUAAUGAGCCAAUACCCCUGAGGUUGCUGGUGAGGAAGGCCUCCGAGUCGUUCGAAACGAUCUUCCUUCAGAUGCUGCAAAUUGAGCUGAUUAGUUAUACCCACGUCCUGGCCCAUGAUCUUCGGCGCACUGAAGGCGGCAGCUGGGUUCUUCUCAGCCGCAGUAAUAUGUCGAUUCCUCUCGGCAGAGGAGGGGAUCCCGCUGGUACAGAAUGGACACUUGAUCCGUCCAUGUGGAAUCGCAUACCGUUGCCCAGCUCAGUUGCGCCAUCUUUUGAAACUUGUAAUAUAUCACGAAAUUAUGAACUCGAGGUACGAAUAGGCUUGGGUCACGGGAGUAUCGGAGACAUGAAGCCCCAACUCAUCGUACUUCCCCUGAGGAUGCCAGUCAAAGUGUACUCUGGAAUAGCUCCUCCAAAAGCACUGCUAGAUGCCAUGGCUACUACUGGUCAAGCAACCUCAUCUAAACCUCCGCCGAUGACCGGCCAUCCUGUGGAUGAUACAGUCGAGCAGGAUGUCUAUGACGAAGCGCCCCCCAGCUAUGAGGACGCGAUGGCUGAAACUCUAAGUCCUGUGGAUGGCCCCCGCCGCGAGUAUAACCCACCGGAUGCUUCUUCUUCCAGCAGAACCAUUGAACCUGGAGCUGAUUCGACGUCGUCAGUAUUCCGGAAAAAGGAACGUGAGGCCACAUCGCCGUAUGGCCAUUCCACAGCCAACUCGUCUUCGGAAUCGUUUGACAUGCUUCCUUCUACCCCUCCGGAGUCUCAUUCCGGCUCACCUCCCACAUCUCCAGUUGCACGCCAGCAGAGUGUGCUCAAGAUACACAAGGCACUCCCUCCAGACGAGGAAAGUCCACCUCAAUAUCAGCAGAUUGCUGAAAGCCCUACGUCAGCGCCACAAAACCGCAAUGAUAGAGGACAAUCUCAACCUGGAUUUCGUCCGAUCAAUCUUGGAGUACCCAACAGAAAGCCUGUACCUAGGAGUCCUGUGCCUCGGAAUCCAAGUACGGGAGGCUCAUGA